AUGGUCCCACCGAUGCACUGGCCCCCGCGGGCGCCCGCCUCCUGCCCCGGCUGCUCAAGGCCCCCGCGCGCCAACCACUGGGCCGGCCUUGUUUGUCCAGUCUCCGGGCCCCGACUGCGGCGCUUUCCCGGCCUGGCAGAUCUGCCCGGCUUCCGUUCUGGAGGCCAGAGCCUGGCCAGCCCCGAGGGAAACGCCUCUCACCUUCGGCAGAUGACCUCCGGGGCAGCAGGGCACAUCAUUCUUAGGAAAGGACGAGCAGAGCGGGCCCACAGCAAGAUCCACUUGUGGCUGUCCCCUAGGAGACGGCGCGAGUCCCAGAAUCCGGGAGCCCGUGGGCAGGCUCCCUUCCAGCCUCUCCAUGCCCUCAUCCAGAGCUUCCUUUCACAGUCUGCCCCUGGGCAGCCUCCCUCCUUCUCAAGGAACUCGGCGUUUGGCUCAUCGUCUGCCCCUGCCCUGCUCCGCCUUCACUCCCCCCAAGUCCUGCCCACAGGGACAGACUCUCGCGGUCCCCAUCACCCCAACCCCGGGUCCCAGACUCGGAAAUCCUUCCCUCGGAUCCCAACUGCCGUCCUUCCUUCUUUCCUCUUACUCUUCCCCAACCCUCCCGUCCGUCCCUCCCGGCCUCCUUCCCGUCCGUCCCCCUGGCCUCCAGACUCACUGACCUUCCCGUCCGUCCCCCCGGCCUCCGGACUUGCCGACCCUCCCGUCCGUCCCCCCGGCCUCCGGACUCGCCGACCCUCCUGUCCAUCCCCCCGGCCUCCUUCCCGUCCGUCCCCCGGCCUCCGGACUCGCCGACCCUCCCGUCCGUCCCCCGGCCUCCUUCCCGUCCGUCCCCCCGGCCUCCGGACUCGCCGACCCUCCCGUCCGUCCCCCGGCCUCCUUCCCGUCCGUCCCCCGGCCUCCGGACUUACCGACCCUCCCGUCCGUCCCCCGGCCUCCGGACUCGCCGACCCUCCUGUCCGUCCCCCCCGGCCUCCUUCCCGUCCGUCCCCCGGCCUCCGGACUCGCCGACCCUCCCAUCUGUCCCUCAAUAACCCAUCACUUAACCUGCCCCCUUCACAGACCCACUGGUGA